GUUUAUUUCCAGGGAGUCCACCUACAACCUGUGCCUUUAAGUGAAUUAAAAAGACAAUUACAGCAUACAAAAAAUUACUAUGACUUUUUACGAAUAUUCCUGAAUAAGAAAGAUUUAUCGAAUGAAUUGAUAGACGAAAUAGUGAACGCCAGGACUAUACAGAAAUUCUUAGGAGCGGAGAAGAAGAGUAGAGAUUACAGCGAGGACUAUGAUGAUGAGGAAUGGGUUGUGGAUGAAGAGGACAUGCACAUGGAUGAAGAGCAGGAUCGCCUGGAUGAAGAACUUUCGGACGCGAUGUAUCAUAUUGACGAAAUGGCCAACAGUCCUCUUGGUGAGUGUAAGACGCCGCAGCCAGAGAUUGUCAACGUCAUAGACGAAGAAAACCGACACCGUGUCUACUUCCCACAAUGCACUGUCGUACACCGCUGCAAGAACGUAUCCGGGUGUUGUGGCGCGACGAACAGGGAAUGUGGGCCUAUCACCAUAGAAGUCAUCGAAAAAUCCUUCAUUGUCGUGCAGCUAAUUGGAGACAAUACCCUUCCAGACAAAAAUAUGGUCGAGAAAAAGAGAUUUAUCAACCAUACAGAAUGCGCCUGUAAGGAAAAACAAGGUCUACCCAAUUGUGACAGAUACAAGUGUCCAUUUCCUUUCAUGAUGAUGCGCAAAGGGGUUCAGUGCGCAUGUGACUGUGAACAGUCAGCUGAUGAAAACAACUACGUAUGUCAGAGUGUCAAAGAUGGUUUCAUACCGCUACAAGAAAGAGACUUAGCGUAAGCAUC